GUUACCUUCGGAAUCCACAAUGGUCGACUGGACGUAAGGAAGGCACCGAGGAAGAGGGUGUUGGAAAUGACAUUCUCGCCUGGAGAGCGGGGCAAAAUGAAGGAUGCCGCACGUAAAAAGCUCGAAAUCAUUUACGGGGCAGUACAAGGCGUGUCCUUCAGUUCGUGGCGUGCCUAUUCCGGCAUCAAUGGCUUUGCGAGCCUUGCAGAUGGCUGGAAAAGCUCAUCCUCGCUCGACGACUUUGACAAGACCAGGCUAGCGAUUGUUGUUUACGCAUACUGUGUGGUACGGCGACAAAUAAAACGCUAUGCGGAUGAGCGUUGUGAUACCUCCUGUCUUUCACCAGCUGCGCCAGCUACACCAGAAGAGCUGAAAAACAGAUGCACCAUCGAUCCCUUUGUUCCGAAAAAGGAUAAGGAUGAAAAGUCCAUUAUGGGCCGCGCCCGGGCCACUCUUGGUGACGUCCGGGCCGCUCUUGGUGGCGUCCCGGCAACUCUUGGUGCUGGUCUUGGUGCGUCCACGGUGAAAGAACAAGUCGUUGCACAGGACAGCGCUCCCAACACAGGACAUGGACAGCCUACAACUGCUACAAAUAGCUUGGCGACAAGCGGCACGGCCGUGCAAGCGCCCUCCGGGGUGAAACUAUCCAGUGCGAGCACAGGCAAAAUUGACCUCGUGGAUGCCGUGAAAAGAGAGUGGCCCGACUUCGCGGUCGCCAUCAUGGGCCCCCGUCCGGUUCCCCUGCUUUUGAAAAGCCCCCUGUCUCGCACAGAAUGCGCCCCUCCGGACACGGCGCGUACACUUGCGCGGUAUCUGUUGCAUGGGUCAGACCGUCAAGCUGCAGGAGAUGCUGGCGCAGAUGAACAAUGGCGGGUCCCGGCGUCCAGCGUACAGAAAACAGCGAACGAGCUGAUGUUUCGAAUCCAUGACAAGAUCUCCGACGAGGGUGCGAUUGUCAACCUCCUGCAGUCGAAUCCGGCACCGGGACGAAGAGAAGACUACAAUAGAAGGACAGGCCUGCUGUUGCAUGUUUGGUGCGAAACCGAAGGGCUCUCCAUUAGUACAUUUCAGAAGUUAGCGGGCAGCUCCCGACUAGUCCGGUCCGUCGCAGUCGCAGAACUGUUCGACUAUCCAGAAAACCUUCGUCGGUACUUCAAACGCACAAGUUGCGCAAUCCGAAUAGGCGCGAACAUGGGAAACGGGCAUCUGGAGGUAGAUGCACAGGCGGCAAGAAAUUACGCCGCGAGAUUUAUCAGAAUGAAAGAUCCCCCCUCCCCACAUUCCAAAAACAAAAAACUUGUCAUGCUUGGUUUCUGUACACAAUAUAGUGCUGAUGUCAGGAGUCCACUGCUUUGCCCGGAAUAACAUAACAAAUCAGAGAAUAAACUAAGGAGGCCGCAGCUGCGUCUCUUCGCCUUCUAGCAUAGCAAUGCAAGCAAAUCACGCAUAUUAAGCAAUGUCUGCUUCACUAAGAUGGGCACGGGGAUUGAUCCGCACAAUAAGACUGGCAGAGCUUUACAAGAAGGUCCAAAAGAAAAGGAAGGAAUUGCGUGCGAAUGGCUUUGUUCCUCAGGCUACACCGCUGGGGGUCGAGGAAAAGGCAAUGCGAACUUUUAACGCUUUCGAGGAAUUCCUGGAGGAGAUGGUGGACCUUGUGCAACGGCAGCAACCGGAGCAGGAGAAGGUAGGCAUCAAGAACAGUGCCGCCAACGCAUGGUACGAAAGAGGUGCAGCUCCCUCGUGGUAGGUGUUCUGGCCUAAAAAGGCAUUGCAGCGAGACGAAUUGAGUACUUAAAAGUGAAUGGACAAAAAAACACAACGAACAUCGGGACCGCACCUAUUUCGCACCAUAUCAAGAAGAAAGUGACCGGAGAUCCAAAGAGAGAAAACGAUAUUGUCUGUGAUGAUUGCGUUAACGCAAGUGGUGUGUUUGUUAACGAGGCCGAGUGUGGAAUGAAGACAGACGUUGGAGAGCCCGUCGCGCCGGAUCUCGCGGCCUUGCUGCCCGCACGCAUCACGCUUACUUCAUCACAAGGACAAUCCGCUACAUCAACUGGCUUCCCGUCGGUUUUGUUUUGCCCAGCCCCGCAAAGCACACGCAAGCAGAUAAACAGCCGCGUCCUCAGGCUGGCUUCUGCAGAAAAGGUUACCGGACCCAAGCCGUGGAGUCAGAUAGCCGGCCUCAUGAAGCCGCCCUGUCUCCGUCUCGCGUUCGCCAGCGCCAAUGCGGGAACCGCGGCAGCUCAUGAAGACAACGACUGCGAAGAAAUGCUCCGUAUUGUUAAAAAGCAGGGCAUGGUAGCACCAGGAGCAGAUCCACAGGUGGCGCUUACGACUGUGUCGUCAGGGAAGGCCUCGACUGCAGCGCAAGCCGCCCGAUCCGAAGGCAGCGACGGCCAACCAAUAAACCUCGACGAAGGGCUCGCCUAUUGUUGGAGCCGUUGGCUCCGACACCUCCCGCGGUUCUCAGCUCCCGAAAACGAUCGAUGUCGCCGCAACACCAGCACCGUUUGCAUUUUAUUGCGAAAAAGACACCGAUGA